UCAGGGCGUGGUCGUGCUUGCUCCCGCCCACCUCAUUAGACAGGAAGCUAGCCGGACCGAAACUCGCCUCAACAUCAUGAAAUCUGGACCGACUGGAAGAAAGCUUUAACAGAAAGCAGGCCACUGGUCGAGUUGUGUCAACAGAGAGGCAGCAAGCGACCGCCUGGGCUAAACUCCGCUUCUGACCUCUGUUUGAACGAACCGUAUCAUUUUUUAAAGUUCAGCCCGCAAGGUUUCGCCAUGGGGUCCAGAGCGUCUACGUUACUCAGAGAAGAAGAAAUUGAAGAAAUCAAGAAGGAAACGGGCUUCUCCCACAGCCAGAUCACCCGCCUAUACAGCCGCUUCACCAGCCUGGAUAAAGGAGAAAACGGCACACUCAGUCGAGAAGAUUUCCAGAGGAUCCCAGAGUUGGCCAUCAAUCCUCUUGGGGACAGAAUCAUCAACGCCUUUUUUCCUGAAGGGGAGGAUCAGGUGAACUUCAAGGGCUUCAUGCGCACCUUGGCACACUUCAGACCCAUCGAGGACAACGAGAAGAACAAGAACCCGCCCGCCACGGAGCCGCUCAACAGCAGGACAAACAAGCUGCUCUUUGCUUUCCGUCUGUACGACCUGGACAGAGACGACAAGAUCUCCCGGGACGAGCUGCUGCAGGUCCUUCGGAUGAUGGUCGGCGUAAACAUUUCGGACGACCAGCUCGGCAGCAUUGCUGAUAGGACCAUCCAGGAGGCCGACACCAACGGAGACACCUGUAUUUCCUUUCAAGAAUUUAUGAAGGUUUUGGAAAAGGUGGACGUGGAACAGAAAAUGAGCAUCCGGUUCCUUCACUAAAGUUUCUUUUUUGUUUGUUUGUUUUGUUUUCCUUCACACAUCAUGAGUAGAGCAUCAUGAGUAGAGCUGGGACUGGUCAGCUGUUGUCAGGUCAUAGUUUCAUCCUGCUUUGCAGCCCGUCUCAGGGCCACAUCCAAGGUACGCACCGUUUCACACCGGGCAGAUGUCUCUGAUCCUGACAUUCUGUCGCUUGCACCGCUCCGUGAACAAAGUGGAGGGGGGAAGAAACGGUUGCGUGCCUUGAGUUGUUUUGUGUCCACCUUCCUAAUAAUGCACCGGUAUUUAUUAGAGACAUUUUAGAGGGCCAUAGUGGGUAACACUGCUGUUCUUUGUGGUAAAGCUCUUCGCUGUCGCUGUGAGUAAGUUUAAAUCAAAGUUUACUAAUACAACCAUAUUUAAUUCAUGCGUCGAUGUAGAAAUAAUGUGCUCAAGUGCAAAUUGUUAAAUGUGUGAUUCCAUUUCAUGAGCAUCUGUUUUUUUUUUUUUUAACGCUGUCAGGAUUAUAUGACUCCUUCCUUCCGGCCUGUGGUGGAGCAAACUGUAAUUUAUUCAAUUCCCCGAAGCAAAGCGAGACCAGCCCCACUGAUUGUUGAUUUACUCACUGAAGUGCCAUGACUAAACACUAAUCACAAAUCUGUAGCCUUGACUUUGUCGCUUUCCUGUGGACUAAAGUUAGAGUUGUUAAAACUAAAGUUUUUGCGAUUCUUUUUUUAAAUUAAAUCCUAUUAGGACUUGAUCAAAGCCUAGGAAUGAAUGUUAGGAUCUACGGUGGAGCGGAUCACCUUGUUCAUUCAGCCUGACUCCACACAGAUAUCAUUUCAUUCUUCUGUUACUUUCAUCUGUUUCUAUUGUGGCUAAUAGGGGAAAAAACAAAAGCUGAUUGUCUGUUUUUUAACUUAUUUCUGUGUUUAGCUCUAGAAGCCAAAGAGUGAAUAAUCUGUACAGGAGUAUGAAUAUGAACCAGAGUUUAGUUGUCUGAGCCAUUAAAGCUUCAGUGUGACUUUGUUUCAUCUCUGCAUUUCUCGGUAACAGAGUGCAGGAAGAACAGCUCAACUAUUUUCAUCAAUCAUUAUGGGAUCAUAAGUUAUAUAUAAUGUGAUGUCUCUCUGUAGCUAUGUAAGUGAUUAUUGAACUUGAUUUGAAUAAAAAGUGCCAUGAAAUCCA